AUUUGUUUCAUAACAAAACCUGGGUUAGUGAAGCUGAGCUAUUUCAUCUUGUUCAGCAUCAUUCCUCUGGAAAGUCAACAUGCAACAAGAAAGGCUGAGCUUCAUUUUCUUGCUGGUAAUACUUUGUCGGCAUGGUGUCAAAGCAGUGGAUCUCACCGCCUGUGAGGGAGAAACUGCUCAACUUACCUGUGGUGAUUUAACAUCAGAGGUAAUCGCUUGCGACUCAGACACUGCCAAUCUCCAUUGUGACCAAGGACACAUUAAAGUGCUUUCAGCCAAUUAUGGACGUACAAACAGUGCAACCUGCUCCAGUGGAAAAAACGAGAUCUCAAAUAUUCAGUGCACUCAGGAUUCAUCCCUAAGUGUGCUGGCCAGUCGAUGUGAUGGAAGAAAAUAUUGUUCCAUUCCUGCGAGUAACACAGUUUUCGGUGAUCCAUGUGUAGGAACGUACAAAUAUCUGAAUGUGUCCUACAUCUGCAUACCAUCAAGUGCAAUAAUACAGAAACGGACUACUUGUGAGGGAGACACAAUCAGUAUCAACUGUAAUAAUCGGUUUAUUAAAGUGCUUUCAGCUCAUUUUGGGAGAACAAACAGUGCCACCUGCUCUACUGGAAGACCAUCUAACGAGAUUUCAAAUGUUCAGUGCAUUCAGAGUUCAACCCUAAGUGUGCUGGCAGAUCAAUGUGAUGGGACACACGCUUGUUUUGUUUAUGCAAGUGCCACAGUUUUUGGUGAUCCAUGUCCUCUUAUUUUCAAAUACUUGAACGUGUCCUAUAUUUGUCACCCAAACAAUCAGUUUAUAAAAGUGUCUGCAGCCAAUUAUGGGCGUACAAACAGCACAGCCUGCUCUACUGGAAAACCAGCUGACCAGAUCUCAAAUGUUCAGUGCUCUCAGAGUUCAUCUCUAAGUGUGCUGACCACUCAAUGUGAUGGACUAAAAGAUUGUUAUGUUCCUGCAAGUACCACAGUUUUUGGUGAUCCUUGUUCAGGAACCUACAAAUACCUGAAUGUGUCCUACACCUGUGGCCCAGACCCAGCCAAUUUGACCUAGAAGAGAAAAUAUCAACACAUCAGAAAUCAUCUCGUGACCAGAGUGAGGUGGAAAUCGUUUUCUUCA